AUGAACCCCAACUCAUCCUCCACCCUCUGUAUCUCUAUCUCCUUUCCUCCCUAUGAAGCGAACCCAUAUAUGGAUUUUUGGCAGACUAUUGAGGUGUGCGAGCUUGAUGGAGGGCAAGGCCAUGGCGGCCGAGUUGAGGCUGGAGUUGAGCUGAACCGCCCAGAGGAGUAG